CUGUGAGAGGAAGUCUGAGGACAAGGAAGUUUGACAAGGGCGUGGUCAAUCAUCUGCCCAACUUACAUUUCCUUUCCGUUACAAGGAACUGACAGAUGCUGCACUCUGUUCAACUCUGAUUGGAUGUGAUACGCAAGAUCAAAAUGAGCAUCAAGAUCAUGUUGCGAGAGGUGUCCUUUUUUCUGUUACUUGUCUUCAGAUGUUACGCAGUUGAGAAUGUGACAAAAACAGAUACCACGACACUACCGGAAAGCUCUACACCUCCUGGAAAGCUCUACACCUCCAGAAAGUUCUACACCUCCGUCCAACGCUACUAGAACCAUGGGUCAUGUUAACCAGGAUGAAACAGGGGUGACAAUGACCCCCACCGUACCUGCGCCGAUCACAAACAUCUCUACAGACUCCUCUGUGACCUCUGCUUUGACCCCCAACAAGACAUCUGACAUACAGCCAACUGACGUUACCACCACCACCACCACCACCACCACCAGCACCAGAACCUCCACAACCUCCAAAACUGUGUGGGAUAAGAGAUGGGAUAAGCCGUUUACUUACAAUUACACAUCUCUGCGUCAAGUAGGGUUGACCAUUGCUGCUGUUCUUUUCGUGAUGGGAAUUUUGGUGCUUGGUUGUGGAAAAGUUAAACGAAUCCCACGGUGUCGAAUUGGCAAAGGAAGUUCAUACCAGGUGACCAGAAGUUAACACUCUUCUCGGCAUUGAUCAGCGGCUCGGCAAUAAACAGAAGAACAGCAGAACACAAAGGAGCCAGUCAGACCUGUUCCGACAGCAGUUACAGACUUACAUUUCCCCCUUGUGAGAACAACAUCAUAAGGACAAGAUGGAGAGGUUGUGUGUGUGAGCGUGUUCAUUAUUUCAAACUGAUCUCCGGGUUUGUCACACCGAAGCGCCGGGGAAUAAGAUGUGUGCUAUCGUGCGGCACUAAACGCCAGCGGUAACACAACGGCUGAGACUUCGGCAGAUCCCAACGUAAUCACGCGUCUCAGACACAAAAUCCCUUCAUCCCUCCGCUCUCCUGCACCAAACGGCUCUGUUUAAGCGUCAAACUUUGUACAACACAGGCCUGUACUUCUGUUUUAUUAUUAUUAUUUAAAUUUGUGCAUCCUCAGGUGUGUCAAUCAUUUGGAAUUGGAGGGAAGCGUUGUGUAGCUCACAAGCGCCCUCAAGAGGCCUUCAGACACAUUUAUCAUGAGUUCUCCCAAGAGGAGAGAAUAAAAACCAUUUGACUCUGA